AUGCGUCUCCUCAACGUCCACACCCUACGCUUCGAAGAAUUCUACCACGAUGACAUCCAGAGCAUUCCCCGCUACAUCAUCGCCUCGCACCGCUGGAGCAAGCACGGCGAACCGCAGUACAAAGAUGUUUUGAAACAACGUCCCCACAUCCGCGACAGUGUCGGCUACCACAAAGUCCAAAGUUUUUGCAAACUCGUCAGAGAAUCUUCUACGGGAGUCGAUUGGCUCUGGAUCGAUACCGUCUGCAUUGAUAAGAGUAGUUCGGCGGAAUUGCACGAAUCUAUCAAUUGCAUGUUUCGAUGGUAUGCGAAUGCGGAAUGCUGUCUUGCAUAUCUCGAUGAUGUUUGUCCUGAUGAUGAUAUUGGGCAGCACAGUAGUAGUAGUAAUAGUAGUAGUGAUACUAGUAGUUUCCUUUCAAAGCCCGACGACGAAAAAUUCCCCCUGGCAACUCCUCUCAAGCGAAGUAAAUGGUUCAAAAGAGGCUGGACAUUACAAGAACUCAUCGCACCAGCCAAAGUCGUCUUUCUCGACCAAAACUGGAAAGUAAUCGGCCACAAAGGCCAUAUCGAAAUCCACGAUCCUCACUCCCUCGGUUCCAUCCACGACACCACUUCCCUAGUGAGUGAAAUCACCAGAAUUCCGCAAAAUGUCCUCUACGACUGCUCAGCGCGCAAAAACUACAAUGACGAAGAAAAAUUUUCCUGGAUGGCGAAUCGUCGCACGACUCGAAUAGAAGAUUUGGCAUAUUGUCUAUUAGGGAUUUUUGAAAUUUUUAUGCCCUUGGUGUAUGGAGAAGGGGAUCAGUCGCGAGCGCGAUUGCUCAAAGAGAUUCUUGCGAAAAAGGAGGCGGAGAAGGCGCAGAUGGAGGAAGCGAGAAGGGCGCAACGGGAGGCGGAAGUGGAGUGGGAAUUGGCUUCGGAAGAGCGUGCAAUUGAUGUUACGCAGCAGGUUUUGCGGUUGGUGAAGAGGAAUUUGAAUCGUGAUGAAGCGGUGUUUCAGAUUGCGGUGAGAUGGCAUCGCAAAUUGGGGAUACCGGUGGAUCAGGCAGUGCAGGAGAUUCAAGAGUAUUUACGUGCGAUUGAUGAACAUGCUGCUUGGACUCGCUAUCAAUACAAGGCACUCCGUCGUCAAGGCUUGGCUCGUGCUACUGCUGUUCGACGUAUGGAAGCGGAAUUGUGUCGUUCUGGGUACAAUGUGAUUGAUGCUCACAGAUCUGUCAAGCGUCGAUUGUACUUCAAGCCUUUACCGAAAGAUCAUUCUAUACUUACUCGGCCACAUGGAAAGCCUAGCGCGGACGAACGCGGACACUCGGAAGCAAAGAUGGAUGGAAGUAUUCGAGUACCAGGAGCAGAGCGACUCAGCUCAGUACACGCACCAGAAGCGCCUGCGAUCAAAGUCUACGACGUGAGCAUAGGUAGCGAGAGCACAGAUGGGAGUGCUUCCAAUGGAGAACGCAUUGAUCUACAGAAUCAGGGGGCCCCACAAGAAGUCGAUGGCAUGAGCAGGCCAAGAGACAUACCAGCUGACGGUUCAAGUGAGCGGAAUCUCAUAAUUACAAGCCCAACCACAACAACACAUCGAGGAGCUUUCCAUCAGGACGACGCCAGACUUCCAAGUCCUUAUAAUAAUGAUACCCCUUCACGAAAGCUUUGGCAGCCAGCCAGCCUGGAAGAAUUCGUUCGCAUCGCAGGCCCACUCUUGGUUCGGAAAGCCUUGAGGGAUAUCAUAUAUAUAACGGAGCCUAUCACGGUACUCUCGUUCUCGUUCGAAGUGAAAGUGCAAAGUAGUAGCACUCCUAAAACAACAGAAUUCCUCGUGCAGAAUGACGCAUUAGCCGCAGUCUGCUAUGCGCCUCUCCCGACUCGACACUACCUCAAUCCGCUCGACAUGUCCGAUCAGAUCGCCGACCGCGACCCGAACUCGACACUCGAACCAUCUCCUCGACCGACGAACCCGGGCAUUACUGAGCCAUUCCACCUGCCCGGAGCCACAGCCAGUCGAAGCGCUACAGGUACUUCUGGCGGCAAUUCACGCCGUGUGCGAAGAGUCCAGCCAGAGCGCAUGUCGUCGAAUAUGUAUCACAGGAAACGCGGCCCAAGCGCCGGCCGAGUGCGAACAUCAGAUCUGCAGCCAGGAUUGAUUCCCGCCUUCAGCUCUUACGACCCCUUCCAGGAAUGCAUGAUUGUGCUGUCAACGAAUACGACCCGUUCAAACAUUCUUCCAAUUGCGUUCAUGGACCCCACUAUCACAGGCCAGAGGACAGCUGCAGCGUAUACACGGCACUCUGUUUAUAUUACCUUCUGGUUCUUGACGACGGCCGCCAGUCGCCUAGCUCAUCGCAGUCAUCUGCUUGACUUUGCAGCACAGCCUUGGGGCUUUUUCGAAUCUUUGUCGCUGGUCCGUCACAUUGAAUCUGUUCACGUCGCUGCUCCAUCCACGAGGCAUAUUCGCAAUUGGAGUCUCAAUGGUGCCCAGGAACUUAAGAGGCAACUAUGUGCUUGCUAG